AUGGCGAACACCGAGACGCUCCGUGGCGUGGACAGUUUGCUUGAGCAGCUCACGUUGGAGGAGAAGGUCAGCCUGCUCGCUGGCCAGGGCCGAUGCAGAACAACUGGCGUUGCACGUCUAGGUAUCCCGCCUUUGGAUAAUCAGGGCUGUCUGCUCCCUUGCGGCACUGCCAUGGGUGCGACCUUUGACGUGAAGCUGAUGGGAAAAGUCGGCCAACUGUUGGCCGGCGAGGCCCUUUGCAGGCACAUUUCCAUCAUCUUGGCUCCAGUCGUCUGUAUUCAAAGAUCACCACUACUCGGCCGGGGCUUCGAGGCUUUUGGUGAAGACCCUGUUUUGAGCGGCCUGAUGGGAGCAGCAUACACUGCUGGUAUUCAAAGCCGCGGUGUUGCAUCUUGCAUAAAGCACUUUGCAGCUCACGAUCAGUCGUGGUCGAGCACGGAAGACAACGCCGUCAUGUCAGAGAGGACCCUCCGAGAGAUGCACACACUACCUUUUCAACUGGUCAUGAAGGAAUCCAAACCUUGGGCGGUCAUGACAUCGUACAACAAGAUCAACGGUGUCCAUGCCAGCGAAGACCCCAAGCUUCUCAGGGAGAUCUUGCGACAGGACUGGGGCUACGAUGGCCUGGUUCUCAGCGACUGGUGGGGCACGUACAGCACGACCGAGUCCAUCAACGCAACGAUGGACUUGGAAAUGCCGGGUCCCACGUUGUGGCGUGGAGGGCUCUUGGUGAAUGCCGUGGGCAGUCGGAAGGUCACGACGGCAAGGAUCAACGAGUCCGCCAGAAGGGUCCUGGAGAUUGUACAGAAAGUUCAGCCAGCGAUAUCAAAAGCCAAGUACGAUGUCAGGGGCAACGACACGGAGGAAAACCGGCGCUUGAUUCGGAAGGUUGCUGCUGAGUCGAUUGUGUUGCUGAAGAACGACAACAAGUCCCUUCCCCUGAAGCCCGACGCGAAAACGAUAUACGGACUCAUUGGGGACCACUUCACCAAUGCCGCUUUCGCCGGCGGCGGUAGUUCUGAAGUCGAUCCCUACUACGUCGUCCAGCCUCUCGAUGCUUUUGUGGAAGAUGUGGGCAAGGAGAACAUCACGUUCGAGACUGGCUGCUAUUCUCAUUCCUGGACGCCCCUUUUGUGGGACGAGCUUUACAACGAGGCCGCCGGGGAACCAGGACUGCACAUUGAGUUUUUCCAAGACGACCCCGAAGUCAACCCCGAUGCGGCAGUCAUCCACACCGAGAAGACGCGGAAAAGUUUCAUGAUAUUCGCAGACUGCCUCCCGCAGCCCUUUCCGGACGACUACUUUGUCAAAGUUAGGACCAAGUUCACAUCGGCAAAGACCGCCCGGUACCGAUUCGGCCUGAGCGCUGCUGGAAAAGCCAAGUUGGUCCUCGACGGCAAGACCAUCAUUGACCAAUGGACAGACCAUCCCGAGAAGAAAAAGACGGACAUCACGCCUGGGUUCAACAACUUCACCAUGGAAAGGUUUGCAGAGUUCGACGUCCAGGCCGGGCAACCGUUGAACUUUGAGAUCUACCUGACCAACAAAAACUUGGGUACGCCCACCGGCAUUGCACCGGCGGCCGGCGCCAGGCUCGGCGGUUGCGAGAUCAUUGACGAGGAUAAGACGAUUGCAGCCGCUGUCGAGCUCGCCAGCCGAGUGGACGUGGCCAUUCUUAUGACGGGUCUGUCCUCUGAUUACGAACUUGAGAACUCUGACCGAAGCUCUCUUUCACUCCCGGGGCGCGUUGAUGAACUGAUUGAACGGGUCCUCAACGCCAACCCGAACACGAUCAUCAUCACGCAAUCUGGAAUGCCUAUCCUGAUGCCGUGGGCCGCAAAGGCCAGAACGCUGGCCCACGCGUGGCUGGGCGGCCAAGAAGCCGGUCAUGGCAUGUUAGACUUCCUCUUUGGAAGAAUCAAUCCAUCAGCAAGAAUGCCUUUGACCUUUCCCAAGCGGCUAGAAGACAACCCGGCAUUCUUGACCUUUGGCAAGGCCGACCGGGACUUGCUCUAUGGCGAAGGUGUCUUUGUAGGCCAUCGGUAUUACGAAUACGCCAAGCUGGAGCCCGAAUUCUACUUCGGGCAUGGCCUCUCGUACACCGAGUUCUCAUACUCCAACCUCGCCGUCCCCGCCGAGUUUGUGGCCAGUGCAGACCACAAGAUGCAGGUCACCGUUGAUGUAAAGAACACUGGCAGCUUGGGGGGCGCUGAAGUCGUGCAGUUGUAUGUCGUCGAUCCCGAGUCGACUUUCCAGCGACCCAGAAAGGAACUCAAGGCAUUCCAAAAAGUUUGGCUUGAGCCCGGACAAGUAGAGACUGUGAAGUUGUCUCUGGACAAGUACGCCCUAUCUUACUGGUCUCAAGAGCACGAUCAGUGGAUUGCAGAAAACGGGGAGUUCGUUGUCAUCGUAUCUCGGAGCGCCAAUCCAAAGGAUGAGCUCUUGAAGGCAAGUUUCCGGUUGCCCAAGACUUUCUUCUGGUCUGGUUUGUGA